AUGUGGCAGCCGUCAUGGAUGCUCGUCUCUGUCAUCGUGCUCAGUCUGGUAACGGCACUCUUGCUGAUUUAUUUUGUAGUGGGAAGUAUUGUGCGGUAUAACAAGGGCAUACGUCACUGUCCGGAGGUGUUACCAAACUACCGUUUCUGGCUUGGUCUUGUGCAGGGCUUCUUAGUGUUAAUUACGUGCGGUUGCUUUAAGCCACGUUGCCCUCUUCACUCGGAUGCGUGCCGUUACGGCGGCAGGCGUGGGGCCGGGCAUAACUCGGUCUUGCCAAGUCGACCACGGCGGGCCCGUCACCUCACGUUUGAGGCGCUGCAGAGCGACGGCGACGAUGACUUCAACUGGGAUCCGGGGCUCGCCAUGCAGCCCUCGGCUGUUGUAACAGUUUGCUCCUCCACCAAGGGUGCUGAAGCAAGCACCACAUGA